UUAACUUCGGCAUAAUUUAGUUAGUCUUUGUCUUUCGCUGCGCUCGCUACGGUUCGCCUCUACCUUGUCUCGCUUUCAAAGGAUUCAAUUUAUCGGCGCAGCAACCGUAACAAAAACAACAGCCUACGCCGCGAAAAUCAAAUACGGGUUUCCUUGCACACUUUCCAGCAGAGCUGCUGAGUUGCUUUGCAGUUUCGUAGAGAAUCGAGUUUAGAACAGCAGCAAGUGGUUCCGUUCCUGCCUCUUACAAAAAUCGAAGUCGCCGUGCCGCAAAUCGAUUUCUCGGUCUGGCAACCAAACGCCCGAAAGCCCGAACCCAAAUAAAGUACACCGGCAACAAGCAGUCCACACAUAUCCCAGCAAUCCACUACCAGGUCUUCACUUGUCUCAAAGAAACCCGAAACGAACCCAUCAUGCUGAUUGGAUUAGUACGAGACUCGGUGAUGCAGUGCUUCUGCCACACGUGCCGAGCACCCGGAAUUCUGCCAGCGGUGUCAAGAAGAUCAGCGCCAAUCAAGAAAACUAAUAAAAUACGGUCGAAGCAGCCUCGCCUCAGCAAGAAAGUUAAAUUUAUAACCACAGAGAUUCGCUGCCAGGAGAAGUCCCGCGGAGGCCUGAGCUAUGAGGUCAUCCUGGCCGAACCGGCCCCCAACGUGGCUGUCCCCAAGCGACCGGUCACCCCCGGCAAAAACGUUAGCGUCGAGGAGAUUGAGCAGAAACUAAAGGCGGCCGAGGAGCGUCGCGUUUCUCUUGAAGCCAAGAAAAUGGCUGAUAUUUCGAACAAGUUGGCCAAGGUUGAAGAGGCCACUCGCAAAAAGGAUGAGAUCACCAAUGAGUUCAUCACUCAGACCAAGGAGCAGCUGGAGUCCAAAAUGGAGCUGCAUGUGGAGAAACGAGAGGCCAUCAUCAGUGACAUGAAAGAGAAGCUAAAGAUUCAUGCGCAGGAGAUUGAAAAGACCCGUGAAACUCUUGAGCAGCAGAAGGCCAACGAGCAGAAGGCAAUCGAGGAAAAAUUGAAGAUUGCUCAGUCCUUGCGCGACGAAAAUAUUAAGAAAAUGUUGGAUCGUUUAAAGGAGCAUAACACAAUCAAAAUUGCCGAAAUCAAAUCGCAGAACGAUCAAUUGGAAUGUCAAAAGCUCGAGGAGAAGGCGCGCAUUUAUGAAAACAAAUUGUUUGCCGCUGAGCAGAAGCGCGAAAAGGAAUUGCAAAAGAAAAUUGAAAAAGUUCAAAAACUAGAGCGCCGUGCCGAAUUAGUGCGCCAGAACAAGGCCCAUGCUCAGGACAUAGAUGGCCAGCAGAGCCCCAUCGCUUCAUCCGGCUAGAUAGGCCGAUUAGGCGUCGAGAGCUGUGCUUUCUCACUGCAAGCAAGGCGAUUACAAAAAGAACAGCAACACUGCAUAAUACACCAACACAUACUUAAGCAGAAAACUCUUUAAACUGAAACCAAUUACUUCAAAAUCUCCAAGUAUUAUGAAAACAAAUGAAAAGGCAAGAGAAAAUCUCAAGAUACCGCUGAGCGAGUUGAUUCGGAUAGCAACAACACAUUUACUCACAAAAUCUAAAAAAAUACUAACAAGAAAACAGCUAAGGAAAAGAAAACGAAAUGAAUGCUUACGGCAAUUAACGCAAGAAAAUAACUAUAAAAGAAAUUCUACGUUUAAACUUAAAAGCCCAUGCAGUAAAGCCCAUCUAAAAUGAAUGCCUUUAACGUAAAAUUUAAAAUUAAUUUACCAUUUCUCGUUUAUCUAAUUUUUUUUAUAUACUUUAAACUUAUUGCUUUGAGUUGAUCAUUUUUCUAGUUUUGGCCUUGAUUGUUCAGUUUUUAAAUUUCUUUGGCACCCGACUGAGGUACACACAAAAUAAAUAUUUGCAUCAAUGAACUGGAUUUUGCGAGCAACACUUUUAUUUGAUGUAUGCAUUUAUAAAUUCUUUAUCAUUAACUUGCAUUAAUACAGUGGCGGAUCCAGAGACGAUUCUUGGGGGGGGAAAAUGAACUUAUUCUUCGAUUUGGGGUUCAAACUUAUUAUUGCGAGAGAAAUACAGUACAAAUUAUAAAACAAAAAUUAUCCAUCCCAAUUUUUUGGUAAACAAAGUGGUUAUAUUUGAAAAGUCAACCAUAGCAAACAAGUAAAAUUUUCAGGUUCUGUGGUUGCAAGGGGGGGAAAUUUCCCUAAUUUCCCCCCCGUGGAUCCGCCACUGAUUAAUAAUAUAUAUAUAUGUACUUGCUGAAUAUUAUAAGUUUCUUUUUUUAUACAUACAUAUUUAAUAAAUGUCAAACAGAAAUCAUGUUUAAGAAACGCUUAUAAAUCUCAAUAAAAAUCAAAUACAAUGUAAAACACACGAAAAUCAUUUUGGUUUUAUUUACAUACAACACAAACACUGACACAUACAUAUAUAGAAUGAAUAUAAAUGAAAAGAACAUACAAGUAAUCGCAUAUAAAUAUGUGUAAUAUUAUAUGGGAUUCAUAUUUUGUCUAACGUCGAGUUAUUUUAAGAAGUGGGUUGAACAACAGCAUACGGGGGUUAAAAAGAAAUAUAUAAGGCAAAACAAGUAAGGUAUUUAGGCAAAUUUUUCCAAAAGCUGCUAUUUUUUGUAUACUUAAUUUUGCACAAAUGGGCGCUUUAAAGGUUAGCUUAACUUUAAAUCUUAAAAUGUUAUAAAUGUAUACUCGUGUAACACAAAGGCUUCUAUAAAUAAAUAUAUACAAUAUAACGCUCUUCUAAAAAGGGUAUUGGCAUAUUCACUACACGCACAGGCCCACAAUUUACCCAGAUACAAAAACUUUCAAAACAUACUCAAGAAAAUUGAACAAAAAAGCGUAAAGCAUCAAUGCAAUUGCUACCAAAUACUUUAAUACUAACUCAAUUUAUGGUAUAUUUAUGUCUAUUCCAAUGCAAUAAACAGUCGAACGUAUCUUUUGAGUAAGAGAGGAUCUAUAUAGUCACAUUCUACAUUUUUGAAUAAAUGUUCUUAACGCAAGCAAUAAAUAUUGACCGCUUAUAACACUUUCUGAGUUCACGCAUAAGUUAAGUUCAUACAAGCCUAAAACUGACCAUAUGCGAGCAUAAACGAUUAUAACAAUUGUAUAAAAAAGUGCAUAAAACAAAUAAAUAAAAUAUUUAUAAUUGGUG